AGCGCGAGCAGCCCCGGGGGAAGCGAGUCCGCGAGUGGGGCUGACGCGUGCGCACGGCCGACCGCCCCGGUUCGGUUCCUCUGUGUCUUGGCCUGCGGCGCCCACUGAGCCGGGGGCAGCACGCGAUGGCCGUGGGCACGGGCACCUCGCUGGCGCUGUCCUCCCUCCUGUCGCUGCUGCUCUUCGCCGGGAUGCAGAUGUACAGCCGGCAGCUGGCGUCCACCGAGUGGCUCACCAUCCAGGGGGGCCUGCUGGGCUCCGGCCUGUUCGUCUUCUCGCUCACCGCCUUCAAUAAUCUGGAGAAUCUGGUUUUUGGCAAAGGAUUCCAAGCAAAGAUCUUCCCUGAGACUCUUCUCUGCCUCCUGCUGGCUCUCCUUGCAUCUGGCCUCAUUCACCGAGUCUGCGUCACCACCUGCUUCAUCUUCUCCAUGGUCGGCCUGUACUACAUCAACAAGAUCUCCUCCACGCUGUACCAGGCAGCGGCUCCCGUCCUCACCCCAGCCAGGGUCACGGGGAAGGGCAAGAAGAGAAAUUGACCCUGAAUGUCCAAUAAAGUUGAUCUUUGUAGUCCCAGGA